CGAGUGGCAACCAAGCAUCCACGGCGUCUGUGGAUAGACAGACGGCGGCAAGGCGCCUUGCGGCCCAGAAGCUCGAGCGCUUCACCACCUUGCCUUGCUUCCUCCCAUGGCGGCCACAACCGCCGCCGCCGUCUACCGCUUCGCGGUCCUCGCGCCGGUACCGUCGCCGCUCUCGUCAGGGCGCCGCCGACCUGCCGCGCCCUUCUCCCGCCCGCGCGGUAUCUCCGCCACUCCCCGCGGCCGCGUCCUCUGCCUCGCCGCCUCCGCGCCCGCCUCCUCCACCGACGCCGGCCAGGACCGCCUCCAGAAGGUCCCCAUUACCAACAUCAGGAACUUCUGCAUCAUCGCGCAUAUCGACCAUGGCAAGUCGACACUGGCGGAUAAGCUGCUCGAGAUGACCGGGACAGUGCAGAAGAGGGAAAUGAAACAGCAGUUCCUGGACAACAUGGACCUGGAGAGGGAGAGGGGGAUCACCAUCAAGUUGCAGGCAGCUCGGAUGCGUUACGUCAUGAACAAUGAGCCUUACUGCCUGAAUUUAAUUGAUACACCUGGUCAUGUCGAUUUCUCAUACGAGGUCUCCCGUUCUCUUGCUGCUUGUGAGGGCGCACUGCUGGUUGUUGAUGCUUCUCAGGGCGUUGAAGCUCAGACUUUAGCAAAUGUUUAUCUCGCGUUGGAAAGCAACCUUGAAAUCAUACCGGUUCUAAACAAAAUUGAUCUUCCUGGUGCUGAACCUGACCGUAUCGCACAAGAGAUUGAAGAGAUAAUUGGGUUGGAUUGCAGUAAUGCAAUUAGGUGUUCAGCAAAGGAGGGUAUAGGCAUCACUGAGAUACUAGAUGCCAUCGUGACCAAGGUCCCCCCACCACAGGAUACUUUAAAAAAUCCUCUCAGGGCUCUUAUAUUUGACAGCUAUUAUGAUCCGUACAGAGGCGUUAUAGUGUAUUUUCGAGUUAUUGAUGGCAGUAUAAAGAAAGGGGACAAGAUAUGUUUUAUGGCCAACAAAAAGGAAUACCUUGCUGAUGAAAUUGGUGUACUAUCUCCCAAUCAGAUGCAAGCUGAUGAACUGCAUGCUGGCGAGGUUGGAUAUCUCUCUGCUUCCAUAAGAUCAGUAGCUGAUGCUAGGGUUGGUGAUACAAUUACUCAUUAUUCAAAAGGAGCAGAAUGUGCCUUGCCAGGAUAUUCAGAAGCUACACCAAUGGUUUUCUGCGGCCUGUUUCCUUUGGAGGCAGAUCAGUUUGAGGAGUUGCGGGAGGCAUUGGGAAAACUUCAGCUGAAUGAUGCUGCACUAAAGUUUGAACCAGAAUCUUCAAGUGCUAUGGGGUUUGGCUUCAGAUGUGGGUUCCUUGGUCUUCUUCAUAUGGAAAUUGUCCAGGAAAGGCUUGAGAGAGAGUACAAUUUGAACUUAAUAAUUACUGCACCCAGUGUGGUUUACCGUGUCAACUGUGCCAAUAAUGAAACCGUUGAAUGUUCAAACCCAUCCUUGCUUCCAGAAGCUGGGAAACGGAGGUCCAUUGAAGAACCUUAUGUAAAGAUCGAAUUACUUACACCGAAGGAUUAUAUUGGCCCAAUAAUGGAGCUGGGUCAAGAGAGAAGAGGUGAAUUCAAGGAAAUGAACUACAUUACAGAAAACAGGGCCAAGCUUAUUUAUAUGCUACCACUUGCAGAGAUGGUUGGUGAUUUCUUUGAUCAACUGAAAUCUCGAAGCAAAGGAUAUGCUAGCAUGGAAUAUGCAGUUGUUGGGUACAGGGUAAGUGACCUAGUAAAGCUGGACAUACAAAUCAAUGGUGAACCUGUGGAAGCAUUGUCAACAAUUGUACACAGAGAUAAGGCAUACUCUGUUGGGAGAGCGCUUACUGAAAAGCUCAAAGAACUUAUCCCUCGGCAAAUGUUUAAGAUACCUAUUCAAGCAUGUAUAGGUGCAAAGGUCAUCGCAAGUGAAGCCCUAUCAGCCAUCAGGAAGGAUGUCUUGUCGAAAUGCUACGGAGGUGAUAUAUCAAGGAAAAAGAAGUUGCUGAAAAAACAGGCGGAAGGAAAGAAAAGAAUGAAAUCAAUCGGAAGGGUGGAAGUUCCUCAAGAGGCAUUUAUGGCUGUGCUGAAACUGGAAAAGGAGGUGCUGUGAAUUGUGAAUGAUCUCCAGGUUCUGUGAAGAUCUUCAUUUGGGCACGAGCUGGCUAGGCUACCUGGAAGUUUUAGAGUCCGAGACAAGAAAGCAGGUCAUUAUUUUCAACUUGCCAAUCACCAGGCCAAAAGAACCAACAGAUGUGUACAGACCAGUCCAAGAACGUGAGCAAAAUUUUCGUUUUUGUUUCAAUGAGGCCAGAAGAUGAUACGCGACCCACUGACUGAAGUUAUCUCCGGCUUGCACAUAUUUGUUCCAGUUGGUGACCACAGAAAAAUGACAAUUGUGGCAGGAUUUUGGCUACAUCAUUUUGUUCGAGUUCUGCCAAGUAUAGCUCCAAACCAGUAGUAUCCUGUACAGGAGGAAUACUGAACAUAUCAAAAGAUUGUUACACCAAAGACGCCCCAAAGUUAAUCCUAUAAAUCACCAGGUUUUGUAUGCA